GCCGGCAAGCCCCGCCCCCAGGCCCCGCUUCCCGACGCGCCCGGAAGGAAGGACGAGCGGGGCCUCGGCGCUGGUGCUUCCCGCGCGGACCCACAUUUACGUUGAUCAUUGGAGAAAACUCCACAGGUCAUGGAGGACUCACUGCAUGAAGACUCUCAGCCAUGGUAUAAUCAACAAGUAUAUGCAAGGUACUGGAAGCAUUACAACCAAGCCAUGCACUGGAUGUACAAGCACAAAAACGCCUACAGGAAAGCCAUGGAGUCCUUUUAUCAUCUGUCAUGGUAUCCAUCCGAAACCUUUCCUACAAGCCGUUAUUCGGAUUGGGAUGGAGGCAACCCAUCAGAUGCUGACAACUAUUCUACCUACACUCCAAACAGCAGAGCGCGACACCCUUGCUGGCCCCAGCAAUACCCAGGUGCCCACUGCAGUUCCGGAGUAAGCAAGGAUAUGGGCAGGGAUUCUGAAAUAGAGAAGGAUUCUGAGUCUGAAGAGGAGAUAGAAUGUGACCUGAGCAACAUGGAGAUCACAGAGGAGCUCCGCCAGUAUUUUGCACAGACAGAGGCUCACAGGCAGGAGUUACGAAAGCAGCAGCAGCUUGAAGCCGAGCACCAGGACAUGUAUGUCGAAGCUGAUCAUGACCUGCACCUAACAACACGACGUUCGGUACAACCUCCUGCAGAAAGACCUGGGGAGAGACGUAUGGCUGAAAUGAAGAAACUCUAUGGUGUGGGUGCUGCCAAAAUCCAAGCCAUGGAGACUGCCAUGCAACUUGCCUUUGAUAGGAACUGUGAUAAAAAGCAGCCCAAGUACUGGCCUGUUAUCCCCCUGAAACUGUGAGCUGUAUCAUCUUCUGUACUAGUAGUCGAGCGCUGCAGCUGUGGGUGCCCAAUCAGGCUACACAGCUCAGUGAAUGAAUCAGGGGUCAUCACGUGUUCUCCUUUCCCCUCCUGCCAAGCACACUCCCCCUCUUCUUUUUAAUCUGUCUACCAGAGUUUUCAGAACCUAUAGCAUCUCCACAGGGAAGUGCUAAAGUAUUGAUUUGUACUGUAGGGAUAUUGAAAUUUUACUUCUUUUUAAAAUAUAUAUUUUCAUUAAUUUAAUGUUGGUCUGCCUUGACCAUGCUUUCAGGAAAUGAAAUAGCAUUUGUUUGCACUUAGUGAGCUCGGAAGACUGUUCAGCAACACAAAAAUCUCUACAAAUGAUCCACUUAUUUAUUAUUUUUAAUGUAGUAGCCUUGAGAUCCAUUUUAACACAGUACAACUUGAAGUGUUAUGAAUUCUGAACCCUCAUCCUUAAUUUGGAUGCAGUCAAUUGGCCAAGGUACAAAAUACUAAAUUACUAUAGCACAGCCAUUUGAAAGCUCUUUGAAAGUUUUAUAAUAAGGCAGGAAUUUUUUAUUCCACUUUGAAACUUGGCAGGCAGAAUUUCAAUCCAGAAGCAAACUUAUAUGAAAACAUUAAAAAAGAAAUUUUGGCCAUUUUUAUUAUACAAUUGUUUGGCAUGGCAGCAAAAAUGUCUAAUUGAUUUGAUACGUAAAAAAAGGGAAAAUUAAACAAGCGGAGAUAGUUAGGUUCCUGUUCUGUCACCCUUCACUCACACUGAGUAGUGUCUUACUCAACUAAUAAUUCCAGUGAUUUGUGAACUCAAUGAGUAAGCAAUACUCACUAUGAAUAAAGGAGACAGAAUUGAGCCCUUAAUGUUGAAAAGUGAGUACUCUGGAUAUGUAAUCGUGAAAAUCCUUCUGAAAAGCAGCUGUGUGUCACUAUUGUAUACUUAGUUUGCACCAAAACAAAUCUUCACUCAAUCAGAGUAAUACUGACUUCAGACAUUUUUCUAUAGAAAGAGUUGUGUAUGGAAUAUGAUGAUUAAAUGGCCUGUCUGUAAUAUGCAGUAUUUCCAUGCUACAUUAUAAGUGGUUCCAAAGAAACAUAUUACUGACUUAACUGUCAUAAACAUGGGUGACCUGUUUUUGGGGUAGAGAAGGCUGAGGCUGAAGUUCCAGCCGUUUAAUUUGCUCUAGCUAUGUUCUGUACUUGCCUAUAUGGUCUAGCCCAGUGGUCCCCAAUGUGGUGCCUGCGGGUGCCAUGGCGCCCACGGGGGCAUCUUCAUGCACCCGCGUCCUG